CUGUAUUUAAGCUUCGAGAUGGAUCCUUCAGACAGAGAGGUUUACAACAAGCUGACAAAAGACUCCGGAUUUAUUGUUAAGUUUAAUUAUUCUCAGGGAGAAUCUGAAAGAUGGCAGGUCUUCAUGCUUUCACCUGGCUGUGCACUGUGUUCAUCUGCAUGGCACAUGUGUGCUCCAUGCCUACGAACUGCAGGCUUCAGAAGAGACUGAUGGAGGAGUCCCACAAUAUUCUGGAGAAAAUGGGAGACAGAUUUCCUUUACACUGUUUUGAAGGCAGUGUUCUUGUCCCGUUUCCUGAGGCCGCGUUCCAGUUCAACACGUCUCAACAGGCUGUUGCCCUGGAAAAGACUAUCUACCUAACACUGACCCACAUCUACUCCUUGUUUGAUGAAGACGGUGUUCCUGAGCAGUGGAAGAACGUCGAGGUCUUUCAGAACAUCCUCGACCGCCAGAUUGAGGAGAAAAAAUGUAUUAUGAACAAAACUCAAGACUCACAGGAGGAUUUCGUCAGGCGUGAAAAGGCGCUCAAAGAGUAUUUCGACAAAAUAUUAGCUGUUUUGAAAGAAAAGAAUUUCCAAGUUUGUGGUUGGGAAUUUGUCCGUAAGGAGACCCUCAUCGUUCUCCAGUACAUCCUGAAUAAAGACUUGGAGGGAGUUCUUUCUUCCAGUCGCGGCUGAGCAGCAUCCAGUGUUCUUAUAUGAUUGCAUAUUUAUUUAU